UCUUUUUAAAUUUAUUUUGAUCACUUUAUCCAAAAACUAUCAACAAAACAAGUUCAAAGUAGUCUCCUCGCCCUCUCUUUGCUUAAAGAGGUCUCUAAUGGCUUCAACUUUCCUUCAAUCUCUAACUCAACCAAAUCCACUUAUCCUAAACCAUCAAUACCCAACUCAAAUUUCCAGAAACCCAUCAAUAUUCAUAAUCCAAAAUGACCAAACCCCAAAAAGGACCAACUUCUCCUCCAUCAAAUGCACUUCAAAUAACUCAUCAUCACAAGAACCCACCUUUAAUGAUGACACUCAAUACCCAAUUCCAUACUCCACUACCUUAAACAACAAAGACACUUUCCCCAUUGAAAAGAGAAGACAGUCUGAAAUACUUAGGGAAAGAAAGCAAAAGCAAGAACUUUCAAGAGGCGACCCACCAAAUUUUGAAAUUGGUUGGAAAAGAACCAAGCAGGUUCAGCUUGAGAAGCCAAAAGGGUAUGUGAUUAUGGAUUUUUUAGGCAAGUUAGAGGAGCUAAUGGGUAAAGAAUUUGGGUCUACUUCUCUUUUGGCUAAAGCUGGAGAAAUAGUAGCAGAAAGAGCUAGAGAAGAGGCGGAGGUUUUGAGAGAUGAAGGAAAAGUAGAAGACAGAAUGGUGACUGAAUUGUUUAGGGUUUUAAAGUUGAUGGAAAUGGAUUUAGCUAUGGUUAAAGCCUCUGUUAAAGAAGAAACUUUGAGUGAGAGACUUGAACAAGCUAAAGCUAGAUGCAGUGUGUUUAGUGUUGGAUCUAUAUGUGCAUGGUGACUUCGUCUGUCGAACUGAAAGUGAAGCUUUGCGAAAAACAACUGAAAGUGAAGCUUUGUCUCUCGAACAGAAAGAAAAUCCGGGCGCAAGUUUGGUUAUGCUCUAUUAUAGUAAGUAUUGGGGAUGCUGUCUUAGCUUACACUGAUAUGUUUUGAGUUGUAAUGAAGAACCUUUUUCUUGUACAUAUUCUUCAUUUGUCAUUUUAUUAACUUAAAAAUGGACAGUGGUGAAUCUGACCUUACAACUGAGCUGUUGAAUGAGUACAAGAAUGGAUUAAUUUGCUAAAUUCAAAGCUGCAGAAAAUGAAAGAAGAAAGAAGGAGCAUGAAGUGCAGAAUGGACCUGUCUAAGCUUGGCUGUUAUGGUGUGGCUAGGAUUGUUAUUUUUAAGAUAUAGCUUUACUUAAAGAUGUAGUUUGGAUACAGUAGUAUUUACAACUACUGUUAGUUAUGUAAUUUACUGAUGAAUGAAUGAAAUGAUAAAUGAGUAUUUAGUUUUUACA